UGAAGCGCAGCUGCAAGGGACAGCGACCAGCCUCCAGAUGAGGAGCAAUCCUUCAUGACGAAACCCUUUCAUCUUAACGCGACGCCAGUGCGCUGUUACUGGUUUCUAGAACGACGUUUUAGUCCACGUCUAGGAGCGCUGCACAUAGCUGAGGGGGAACCCGAGAAUAUCCCUCCAUCCCAUCCCGUCUAUCCCUCCCUCUCACCAUCUCUUUCUGUACCUCCGUCACCCCAUCACAUGCCAGAGCUGUAGGGGGCUCUUAUCUAGUUAGGGACCAGGGGGGAAGCAGGGAGGCUUUUCGUGGCCGCGGUGGACGCACCCUCCGCGGUGAGGCUGGGCUGAAGCGCCGCUGUGUCGGAGGAUGCUGCGGGAAUAGAGCAGCUCAGAGUGGAAGAUGGGGAAGGACCAGGAACUGCUGCAGGCGGUGAAGACCGAGGACCUGCUCACCGUGCAGAAGCUGCUGCAAAGGCCUCGGCCAGGGAAAGCCAAGCUCCUUGGUUCUGCCAAGAAAGUGAAUGUCAACUUCCAGGAUACAGAUGGGUUUUCUCCUCUGCAUCAUGCAUCACUCAAUGGAAACCUGGAGCUCAUCACUCUGCUGCUGGAGUCACAGGCUGCUGUGGACAUCAGAGACCAGAAAGCAGGUAUGCGGCCGCUGCACUACGCUGCCUGGCAGGGGAAGGCGGAACCUAUGAAGAUGUUGCUGAAAUCUGGUUCAUCUGUCAACGGCCAAUCAGAUGAAGGACAGAUUCCUCUCCACCUGGCAGCGCAGCACGGCCACUACGACGUGUCGGAGAUGCUGCUGCAGCACCAGUCCAAUCCUUGUAUUGUGGACAACGCAGGGAAAACACCUCUGGACCUGGCCUGUGAGUUCGGCAGAGUUGGGGUGGUCCAGUUGUUGCUGUCCAGUAACAUGUGUGCUGCUUUACUGGAGCCUAAAAAAGGAGACACCCAUGACCCCAAUGGGACAUCUCCGCUGCACCUGGCUGCCAAGAAUGGACACAUAGACAUCAUCAGACUGUUGAUCCAGGCGGGCAUCGAUAUCAACAGACAGACCAAAGCGGGCACUGCCCUGCAUGAAGCAGCCCUCUGUGGAAAGACAGAGGCAGUGAGACUCCUGCUGGAAAGUGGUAUCAACGCCGCAGUAAGAAACACCUACAGCCAGACGGCGCUGGACAUUGUCUACCAGUUCACUGCAACACAAGCCAGCAGAGAGAUCAAACAGCUGCUGAGGGAUGCAUCAGCAGCUCUUCAGGUUCGAGCUUUGAAGGAUUACUGCAACAACUACGACCUGACCAGCCUCAACAUCAAAGCAGGAGACGUCAUUACGGUUUUGGAGCAGCACCCUGAUGGACGCUGGAAAGGCUGUAUCCAUGACAACCGAACAGGGAAUGACCGAGUGGGCUACUUCCCUUCUACCAUGGUGGAAGUCAUCAGCAAACGCACAGGUUUGGCCAGCACAGUCAUUUGCACUCAACAGUUUCAAAAGAUACCGCUGGUUCCUCCGGCGACGGUUGCCCCUGCCAACGCGGUAGUCAACGGCAACGACACCACGUUCCAUCAGAUCCAUAUCCUGCCUCCACCGCCUCCUCCUCCACCACAUUCCCAUCAGCCACUGCUUCCACUUUUCACUUCCUUUGGCUAUAACAAGUCGCCCGUGACAAGCCCACUGGGAGACACACCCACUGGCCCAGGUUGUCGCGGCUCAGAGGCAAGUCCUCACAGCUCUCCCUCCCCAUCCAGCGGGCCCCAUGGAGGCUCCAACGAAGAGAUCUGGGUACUGCGCAAGCCCGUGGCAGGUGGAGAUCGCAGCAGUGUUGGUAGCUCUGGCAGUGUCACCAGUCUGAGGUCAUCCGGCAGCGGUCAAAGUGCCGGCAGCACCACACACAUCCUCCACGCACAGGCUGAGGGGGUGAAGCUACUAGCCACGGUCUUGUCUCAGUCUGCAAAAGCCAAGGAGCAUCUGAUGGAGCAGUCCAAGUCUGUGGACCAGCCUGCAGCAGGCUCUGCCAGUUCCUCUCGGACAUCCAGCCAAUCGGGCUGUCCUCUUCACGAGGCGCCGCCUUAUGACGCCACGGCAAGCAGGAAGGGGGAGGGGCCAGGCGAGGGGAAGAGCUCAGAGGCCGUUGUCCAAUGGCUGAGCGACUUUCAGCUGCAGGUCUACGCACCAAACUUCCUGGGCGCUGGGUAUGACUUGCCCACCAUUAGCCGAAUGACCCCAGAGGAUCUGACAGCUAUAGGAAUAACUAAACCAGGUCACAGAAAGAAGAUGACAUCAGAAAUUAACAAGCUAAGUGUCAAUGAGUGGCUUCCUGAGCACAAACCUGCUAAUCUUGGAGAGUGGCUAUCUGCUGUUGGUCUAAGCCAGUACCAUCAGGUAUUAGUGCAGAAUGGCUAUGAGAAUAUCGAAUUCAUCACCGACAUCACCUGGGAGGACCUGCAGGAAAUAGGCAUUACUAAACUAGGCCACCAGAAGAAGCUAAUGCUAGCAGUGAAACGACUGGCUGAAAUGCAGCGCAAUUCUGAUGGGCGGGGCUCCCUUAAAAAGAAACCUCCACCAAUCACACAGCAGAAGGAAGUCAUGUCAUUGGAUGGCCCGCCUCCAGACGAGCUCAUGUCUCCAAAGAUGGGCACCUUCCAGGACAGUGAGUUAAGCAAAGAGCUACAGACUGCCUUGAUCCAACCAGGACAAGAAGUCUGCAAAGCUCAACGAAAUCGCACUCUGAGCAAAGACCAUGAUGAGGUGAUGACAGGAGGAGGAGGCGGAGGAGGCGGAGGAGGCGGAGGAGGAGGAGGAGGAAGUGCUGGGCCACCUAAGAAGGAGGCACGGACUAUGAGGCAGCAGAGCAGCCAAAGCAGCACGUCCUCUCACAGAGGCAGUAUGUCCUCACAGGGAAAACACCGCCACUCCCACUCCCAUUCCCAGCCUGCGCCUCCCUACACACCGCCUCACACUCCUACCAAGACAAGAACUUCCUCUUCCUCCUCCAGCUCCUCUGUCCAGAGCACAGCUUCCCCGCAGGCCAAACACAGGCCGUCCACCCAGUACAACCAGGGUGAGAGACCUCAGUCGCCGCGCUCCCAACCCCCUCAGUCUCCAACUCAGCGCGGACCUCCAUGUCCACAGCCUCAGCCCCAGCAACCACAGCAGCCUCCAGUCCAGCUGCAGCAACAGACACCUCCUCAGCAACAGACACAGGUCAUGGAGGUAGGGGAGAAUCAACAACCCCAGGUCCCACUCCUCUGCCUCCCCCCAGAGGCUGAGCUGGCUAAGGGAGAAGAAGCAGAGUCUUCAGCGCUCCAGAAGAAACAAACCCACAGCCUCACCAGGUACGCUGUCUCAGAUGGUGAGUGUGACGAGCGGGCAGGUGAAGGUGUAGAAGCAGGGGUGGAAGUUAGGGGAGGCCAGGGCUCUGCGGUCUUCAGAGGGGUAGGGGUCAAAUAUGCAACAGUGACCCAUCGUGUUAGCCGCAGCCACUCUGUUCGCAACCAGGAAAAAGCUGUCAGCCGCAACCACACAGCUCUGCGUCAGAAGAAAAAAGGUCCGCCCCCACCUCCGCCCAAGCGCUCUAGCUCCGCCAUUACAGGCUCUAACUCCAACCUGACGGAGGCCAACGCACAACAGAACACGCUCACCACCACAGGAGGGAUGCUGGACGUGCCUUACAACCAACAGCGGAGGGCCAGCGAUCUGGGGGUGUCUGUGGAGACUGGGAUUGUAGAGACCAGCAGUGUAGGUAGCGUAAGGAGCAUCGCUGCCAUGUUGGAGAUGUCUUCUAUAGGGGGUGGAGCCAAAGGCAUGGCAUUGCAGAAGAAUUUCCUGCAGGUGGGGAAAACACGUGAUGCCAUUGGUCUGGACGGUGAAGUGGUGAACAGACGACGGACUAUUAGUGGUCCUGUCAGUGAGCUUGUCGCAGCUGCCAGGCGUGACCAGCCAACUCUGACUGCUUUACCUUCACCAACACCCCAGCCUGAACCCUCCCCUGUCCUGGUGAAUUCCCCUUCACCUAACCCCCCGUCCUCCCCACACCCAAGCUCGGGUGGCAGCGGGAGUUCAUCAGAGAACCUUCCGUUUGCAGAUGAGGGAAGCUUGACCAUUCGCCGCCAGGGUCGAGGAGAAGGAGAAGGACAGUGUGUAUUUUGUGUUUGUCUGCAGGGGGACGACGAGGGUCCCCAAGGAGACGGAGGAUACCCGCAGGAGGACGUCUCCAGGGUUGAACCCACAACUACCUUAAAGAGACGACCUCGCAGCUCCACACCCCACCCCAAUGGGUCGGACUUCACUCUCCAGGAGUCGUCCACCGUGAAACGACGGCCAAAGAGCCGGGACAAGGAGCCGGAAGGCUUUGCUGACAUGGCUGCGGCUAACGGAGAGCCUGUAGGGUCUGGGCAGCCAAACACGACGCAGCCAGUGUCCUACCAGAAUGGCACAGGCACAGUGAAACGCCGGCCCGUGUCUGAUGUUGGAGUGACUGAGCAGCCGCAGCCUCAGCCUCAGCCUCAACCUCAACCUCAGCCUCAACCUCAACCCCAACCUCAACCUCAACCUCAACCUCAACCCCAACAUCAACCGCAACCUCAACCACAAGUGACUGCUGUUCCUCGCAGGAACAGUGCAGAUCAAGGAGCUCCAGUCGGCAAUGAAGCAGCCCCAGUGAGAAAACCGAAGCCUCCAGUGUCUCCAAAGCCUGUCAUGGCCCAAAUAAAGAGACAGGGAGGCCCACAGACCCCCCCACAGCCUGUCGCCAACAAGAGGGUUCCCUUGCCUGGCCCUGGGACACCUGGAAGCCCAGUGGAAGGAAAGAAGAUUCCUCCGCCUGUCUCUCCCAAACCCAAUCCUCCGCCGAUGGCACCCAAACCGGCCAAGCUAAUCCACUCCAUGACCAGCCCCUCUUCGCCAACCCCGGCCCCUGCCACAGCCCCUAUGAAGCACUCUAUAGUGGCCAGACAGACCAGCUCACCCCCCUGUUUUCCACCUUCCAACAUCCCAAGUCUGCCUAAUGCAAAACCGCUGAGCCCGUCUCCCCAGAGUCCCCACACCCCGCAGACCCCAACUACACCACAGACGCCCCAGACUCCUGCCACUCCCAGCCCGACCCCGCCCCCUGUCAAGCCUCCCCGCUCCUCCAUUGGGGGUGUGUCGGUGGACAGCGGGAUGACGGGUGGUGGGGUCACUGUGCCGGCGCCUACAACACCGGAUUUCGGUGUGGGUUCGUUGGUGCAUCAGAAGCUGGAGGAGACGAGCGCGUCGCUGGCUGCCGCUCUGCAGGCCGUGGAGGAAAAGAUACUGCAUCAAGAGGACUCUGUGGAUGAGCAGAAAACCACAGUUAGCAUCCUCGACGACAUUGGCAGCAUGUUCGAUGACCUGGCUGACCAGCUGGACGCCAUGUUGGAGUAACCAUAGGAACCAGUCAGCCCGUCUCCAUGGCAACACUGCUUUAGGAGUGACUCAGAUGGCACAAGAGGGCAACACGCCUCUCUCUCUCUCUCUCUCUCUCUAUCUCUCAUCUCUUCAUUCCUCGCUCUCUGUUGCACUUGUCCUCCUGGUUUUCAUUCGUUGCUGCUUUUAAAACCUCGUCUUGCUCUCAUCUAUUGCCGCUGAUUAUAAAAAUGGUGAUGGCAUGGCGCCACAGGCCUGGACUGACUUGUCUCAGAAAGAGUGCAAGAAUGAAGACAAGACAAAGAGAGAGACACUGAUAGAGAGAGAGUGGGGGAAAAGGACCAAAAUGACUGAUGUGAAGAGAGAAUUUAAAAAAUAAUCACAAGAAGGAGCGAUGAAGAAAUGCAACAAAAUGGAAGAGACUGCAAUCAAAACGUGGGUCUUUUUAGAAUGCCACAUACACUCUUGAAGCUAUUGUGACAAACAAUUAAUCUUAACUAAUACUGAUUGAAAAACCAACUGUGUGAUGAAUCAUAGUAUGGUAUGUGUACAUUCUAAGCAUGGAGAGUUUAUAUCUACUGAAAAAGUCCUGCAUUAGCACAGUUCUAUAUAAUAUACCGAUAAAUAUGAAUCUCUAGCUCUUUGGUUUGAUGUCUUGGUUCUGUGUGGAAUGGUGACCUCUGGUGUUGUGAUGAUGUAAAUGAAUUGGUGGAAAGAUUUUUAUCUGUGACCAAAACGAGACUAUUUAACUCCUGAGUUUGUGUGUGUGUGUGUGUGUGUGUGUGUGUGUGUGUGUGUGUGUGUGUGUGUGUGUGUGUGUGUGCGUGUGUGUGAGAGAGAGAGAGACAAAUGUGUGCGUUUGAGCUUGUGAAUUAUUGGAAUUUCAGGCUCAUUUUUUUCCUGCCCGGGCUGCUUCCAUUCACUCUGCUGCAUAAAACACACACAGAUGCUCACAAAGAAGAAGCACAAUGACCCAUGGAGUCACCUUGCACAUGGGAGCCUGCACAGUAUAAGUUCAACAGGAGAGGAAGGCUGAGGGAGAAAAGUGAAGCAAGGCUACAGUAGGUUGUCUGAAAGCAGAUGUUAGGUGUUGUAUCUAAAAGUUUUGGAAAGUUUUAAAGACCUAUAUCAGGAAGCCGUUAAAUGGAGUGUCAGUUUUCAGCAAUGCAAGGUAGAAGCAAAGGAAUUGUUCAUUAUCUGGGAUUAAACUGCUUGGUAAAACAAUAGCUUGGUUCAAUUUCAAGUUAUUCAAUUGUUUAAAAUGUAAGAAUCCCCCGAGACGUGAUUUGAGACAGUAAAAUAAUCUGAUUAAAUUCAGGAUUUAUAUUCAAGGUGGUUAAGUGCUUUGCCCUAAAUAGAAAAAAAUAUACUUUUUUUCCACCUUCAUUUGUUUUUAUUCAUUAGAAUCUCACGACAAGCUAAAAGCUAGGGUAGGCAAUUUGUUUGAAAAGCCUGUGUGCAUAACUGCCUGCCUACCUUCCUGCUCUCUGCCUGACACUCUUGAGCAGUAGCAACGUCUUCCACAAGCCAAAACUAGCUCUCUCAUGGAUUGUUCCCGCAACACAAGCAAGGUAGUGCAUGGUCAUGUGUUUGGGGAUUUUUUUUUUUUCCAGCUGGAUACUGUCAAAAACGAGCUAACUGUUGCUGGUCUCUAAAAGUUGCCUACCCAAGCUUUAAGAUAUUUCUCACUUCACACAUUUUGGACCAGAAGAGCCUUUACAUUUCUGGUUUCUACGGAGGUAAAUUCUCCGCUUGUGAGCAGCCCGCCUCACAUGUUGAAGCACUGAAUUUAACAGAAACAUUCUAAGCUAAAGAGGUUGGUAUCUGCCCAAAUAUUACUGCAUUCCUUCUUUAUAGGAGAUGUUUUUCCUUUAAAAUCUUAUGUAAGUCCAUGCCUGGUAGUCCUUUAUUUAUUGAUUUUGCCAGAUUAUGAAAAGAAAACAAUUAAUUUUUUAUUAAAUUAUAAAAGCACUAAAAAACAUUCCUGACACCUCAGUGGACAACUGCUCUAUUCCCACACUCUCCAUAACACCCACCCCUUGUUGCCAUGACAAUCUACAUCAUCACCUUCACUGGUAUUACCAUGGCAACUGCACAGUGUGUUGCCAUGUAAAGCUCUUUCUUAGGAUAUAAGGAAAAUGUGAUUGGAUGAUAGGCGUAGAAGAGAUAUGUGACACUGGAUGGUUUGUUUAAGUUCCUCAAAUCAACCAGAACCUGCAGCAAGGUGUGAUAUAUCCUACAUAUUCCAUUUUCAGAAAGUCAAUGUUUCAGAAGCCCUUAAGCAGCCAGCCUACUUAUAUAAAUGGAAAAAGAAUUCAGAGAAUAGUUCUGGUAUUGGAAUUAUGAUCACAUAGAGAUUAUAUAUAUAUGGAUAUUUGCAACAAAAAAAAAGAAGUGUAUUUAUGAUGUGUAUGUCCUCCUGAAGACUAUUUUUCAAAGUAAACAGAUCUAAUCUGAGUGUUGAAUAAAUCUGCUUCUCCAUGCUUCAGUGGUCCACGCUGAUGAGUCAUUGUAGGAUACCAUGUUGGGAUAUUUGCAGGAAGUGUUUUUUUGUAAGUGUUUUUUUUUCCAUGUACAUGUGUUCAGGUGUGGCGAUGUGUAAAAUAAAAGUGAAUCUUUGUUGUUCUGUUUUAUUAUUUUUGUAUUAUUUUAAAUGCAAUGCUCUGUUUUUUUUUUUUUUAUUUGAAACAUGUGCCUUGCUUUUUGAUUUUGGUCAGAUUCCAAUACAGUAGAUGGGUAUGUAGGAAAAAAAAAUGGGGAUCUCUCUCUUGUUCUGUUUUGCUUACUUAAUGGAUAUGUAAUCGUUAAAAAAAGUAUGCCCCCCCCCCCCCCCCCCCCCCCCAACACUUGAAGCAAAAAAUAUUCAGACUUUAACCAAACCCAAGAAAACCACGUGACAUCUUGAUGUUUGUUAUUCACUUAUUCAGUCACAUUUGAGCAUUUCACAUUUCACAUGUUUGCAGGAACAGACAACAUCUGGGUCUCAAUAUUCGGACACAUUCAUUGGAAUUGUGUCCAAAUAUUGAAGGAAGUUCAACCAAAUGAUUUUUCAAAAAUCCCUUUGCUUUCUUGUAGAGUUUGAUGGAAGGAUUGUCACCAUAUAAUCACGUUGACAGAGUUUAAAUGAAGCUACUACUGGCAACUGGUUUACUUAGCUUAGCUGAGCAUAGCCUGGAAAUAAGGGGGAAAUGUUCAAGCUAGCUCAGAAAAUGACAGUAUACAAUUAGUCAAAGCUACGUUAAUUGUGUUUAUGUUUCCAGUGUUUUUUCUAAACUACAUAAAAUAUUUGCUUUCUUUUUCUGCAGAGUUGAAUUGGAAGAUAGAUCAUAGUCUGACAAUGUUUUACAUUGUUUGUUUGUUUGUACAAUUACCAGAUUCUAAAUACAUUUACUUUUUUUUUUACCUCUGGAAAAAGCCAAUUAAGCUGUUUAUUUUCUUCAGACUUGUCCUUAGCUUUGCCAUCAUCAUCUAGCAGCAUUUUUUUACAUAGCAUGCUUACAUCAGUGGUAUCAAUAUUUACAUCUUACACUCUACAAGAAAACCAAUAAGCCCAUUUUUAAAAUGUCACUGUGGAUGAAGUAAGAAACACUUGACAGUAAGGGUAAUAAAUGUAAAUUUGAAGCCCUAGCUAAUAUGAGAGGUCAGAGUUCAAGUGUUGAGAACCCAGCAAAUGUCUCUAGUAUUCCAACCUGACAUUCAUGUUGACUCGAGUGUUCUUGUGUAUAAUUCAGCCUGAAUGCAUGGUCAAGUGAUUUCCAUGACAACUUUGCCCUGAUCAGACUGUAAAGAUACAGUUAUAGAUCUCAUUAGAUCCUUUAAUACAGACAUACCUGAAUGUCCUUCAGCACACCCACCUUCCCUGUUCUUUGGUCUCUUUUUGGUCAUCCAUCAUGUUGAAGCCAUUACUUUAAAGUGUGUUUUUGGCGUGUUGGGAUGGGGUCUAGCUACAAAGGUGAAAUACCACAGAUGGUGGGGGAAAAAACACAGAUGGUCAAAAAAUGUGGAGCAAAGUACUGUUCCUUUUUUUGUUUCUUAACAAAAGAAAAAGCCAAGCUGUUUUUCUUUGAUUUUCCGCCUGUGCUUAUCUGACAGAUACCGAACUGGUGUCUCCUCCGCUCUGCAGUGACUGUAUGCGAAUGCUUGAGAGAGGCAGCGUGUGUUAUUUGUUGCUCUGCUAUCAACAGUAUGAAACCUGUGUGUGAGAGUGUGUGUGUGUGUGUGUGUGUGUGUGUGUGUGUGAGAGUAUGUGUUGUAGUGACUGGACAUUGGUGUGCUUGCAGUGACUGCAUCUUAUGGCGAUCUGCUCUGAAUAAAUAAAUGUUCUAUACAAACUG